AUGAUAAACACACAUGCUCCACAGACGCUCCAGCACAAACUUAAAAGAGAAGUCUUCAGGAGAUAUCUCCACACAGACUUUGAUUCAACUCACAUCUCAGGACUUUUUUGGGGCCACCAUUCUGUUUCCAUAGCAAUGAUCUUCACCGCAGAGCAGGUGGCCUGUGUGUGCGAGGUCCUUCUGCAGAGCAGUUGCAUGGAUCGUCUCGCCGGCUUCCUCCGUAGUCUUCCUCCUCCUUCCCUCUCCUCCUCUCCUCACCCUGGGGAGCUGGAGAGCGUGCUGAAGGCCAAAGCAGCACUGGCCUUUCACCAGGGCCGCUUCGCUGACCUCUACACCCUGCUGGAGGGCUUCCCCUUCUCCCACCGCAGCCACCCUCUCCUGCAGCAGCUCUGGCUCAGAGCCCACUACAUGGAGGCGGAGAGGCAGAGGGGCCGACCCCUGGGAGCUGUGGGCAAGUAUCGUGUGAGGAGGAAGUUUCCUCUACCACACACCAUCUGGGACGGAGAGGAGACCAGUUACUGUUUCAAGGAAAAAUCACGGAGUAUACUGCGUGAGUGGUACCGCCAUAAACCUUAUCCCUCCACCCGGGAGAAGCAGGAGCUGGCAGCGUCCACCGGCCUGACAACCACACAGGUCAGCAACUGGUUCAAGAACCGCAGGCAGAGGGACCGAAACAUGGACGUUAACGGUUUCCAAACAUCACACUCUGGAGGACCCUCAGGAGACGUCUACCCUUCCUCUGACGACUUUUCACCUCCAGCAAGCCCACGUCCCCUUCACCACUGCCCUCCACCUCCACCUCCACCCCUCUCUCACCCACCACCUCCUCUACAUCACAUGUGUGAAGGCCUCAACUGAAUCUGCCCUUCAAAUUUUGAUUUGUAAUUUCUAAUACAUGGUUGUUUCUUUUUUUAUUAUUUUUUUUUUAAAACUGUUUUGGUCUUUCUUGAAUGUUACUCUAGUCUAUUUUUUGUGUCAGUGAAAAAAAAAAAAUACUUUGCAAGUCAAGUAUGUUGCCAAAACAUGACUCAGCAGACAUUGCUCUUUAAUGUGUUACAGCAGGGGUGAACAGGGACCAGAUAAGAUAAUUUAAAAACACCUGGGGGCCAGCUGCUCACAUUAUAUGGGUUAUGUUAAAAAAAAAAAAAAAAAAAAUCACAUACAGAUGAGACGAAUGCAACUGUUUAUCUUUCAGUCACAAAGAUCAGUGAGCUAUGAACUGUACGAUAGUCUUGCCAUCAUGAGGUGAACAGAAAAAGAUGCAAAGUAAACUUGCUUGAUUAACCAAUAUUGUGUAGCGGGCCAUACAUAACAUUAAAAUUGGUAUAAAAAUGGUAAUGAUUGGCCCCCAGGAUGGACAAUGUACUGGUGAAAUGCUCCUGCAUGUACUGUAUGCACAAGUUCCAGCAUUUUGUGUCUGACUUCCCGAAUUUGCAUCAAAUUCUGAGAGAAACUGAAUAAAACCGCUGUAUUUUUA